UCAGCUUCUGAACGAGUGGCAGAGCUGUCAAUAUAUCACAACAAACCAAAUGUCAAAACGUGCGUAUAACCUCACUUUUAUAGUUGGUGAAACGUAAAUAACUCGUGAAAUAGUGAAAUAUGGAUGAUUUACAGUUGAAUAUAUCCGUGCCUAAAAAGGAUAAGAAAAAACCAAGUGCGCCACAGAACAAUGCAGGAGAAUACAAAUUUGUUUCAAAUCCCAAAUUCACUGGUAAGACUAUAGCUAGGAAACGACCUCAAAACUUAGCACAAACAAAUCGUGCUAUAAUAAAAAAUGCUGAAGGCCCUCCGAAAAAGGUGGCCAAAGUAGCACCUCCAACAGAGAAUAAAUCUGAUGAUUUGGGAGCAAAACUUCGUGACCUAAGUGAGAAUAAAGGAAAAUAUGAAGGAAAGAACUAUCAGGAACUCAGUGACAAUAUACAGUUAAAACAGAAUAAGCCUCGGAGCGGUGGGUGGAUAUCUUCGUUGUUCAAGAAUAAUCCACAAGUGCCUCGUAUUGGGCAGCGGGCUGUUAAACCUAUUGUGGAGAAGGUUUUUGCAGGCAAGACCUUUUCUGACCUAGAUAUACACCCACACAGUGUUGCAAACUUGCAACAAACUUUAGGUUUGAAAGAACUUAUGACUGUACAACAAAAUGCAGUACCCAUUAUCUUACAAGGAAGGGAUGUUCUUAUUAGGUCACAGACAGGUUCAGGGAAGACACUGGCAUAUGCGCUACCCAUCAUAGAAGGUUUGCAGGCUAUUAGACCGAAGAUAAAUAGGAAUGAUGGCAUCAGAGUUAUUGUGGUCGUACCAACCAGGGAACUUGCAAUACAGACAUAUGAACUGUUUAUAAAACUAGUCAAGCCAUUCCAUUGGAUUGUGCCUGGUCUCCUAAGUGGAGGGCAAAAGAGGAAGGCGGAGAAGGCGCGACUCAGGAAAGGUAUCAAUGUAUUAGUUGGAACGCCUGGACGUAUUAAUGACCAUUUGAGGCAUACAGCAUCUUUUAACUUUGCUAAAACUGGUUGUUUAGUGUUAGAUGAAGCAGAUCGCUUAUUAGACAUGGGUUACGAGAAAGACGUCGCAGCUAUAGUUAAAGCUAUUGACGAUCAUAAAAAAGCAGCGACAUACGACCCCAUAGCUCUUAUGAAACAAAACAUAGUAAAGAAGAUACCAGAUAAUGACGAUAGUAAAGAGGAAUCUGGACAUAAUGAAAGCCUCGAAGAAAAAGAUGGUGUGAAACAUCAUUUAACUGAAGUCUUUAUGUCUAAAGAAAAGCAAACUAUUUUGUUAUCUGCAACUCUUACUAAGGCUGUUGAAAAUUUAGCAGGCAUCACGCUAGUUGAUCCAGUCUUUGUAGAUACAUCGGAAGGUAAAGCUGUAAUAGCCGAUUCUUUAAAAUCAAAUCAACCUGCACCAAGCGAAAAAGUAACAGAAGUAAAAAAGAAGCCAGAAAUAGACAUAGCGCCUGAAAAAUUGAAACCUCAGAAAGCAAAACCAGAAAAAGUUAAAAAGGAUGAUUCUGAUGUUGAAACGGUUUUGCCAGAUGGUGGAAAUAAUACAGAAAUUAAACGAGGGCUGAAAGCUUUUACUGGCCAAAACCACAAAGAUUUAUUCAAAAAGGACGAUGAAGGAACGGCUAGUAUAGCUCCGAAAACCAAUAUUGUACAAAACGAGGAUGAUAGUGACAGCGAUUCUGAUUACGAAUAUUUCAAAGCGCAAAGGCAGUAUGAACUUAAAAACCCUAAAGUUGUAAAAGAAAAUGAAACUGAAGAUGACAGUGAUGAUGAAGAGGAUGAAGAUAAAGAAGAAACUCCUCAACAAGUUGAUACUUUCGCUGCAGCAGUUAAAUCUGCAAUUGUUGAGGACGAAUUAGUUCUACCAGCAACGGUGAACCAAACAUUCCUCAUAGUCCCAAUGAAACUAAGGCUUGUAACCCUUUGCGGUCUCAUUGUAGAACAUUGCGUAAUGAACAAGAAAGGAGGCAAAAUGAUUGUGUUCGUGGCUACGUUAGAAAUGGUUGACUAUCUUUCGGAUCUAAUAGAUACUGCGCUCACGGGAAAAGAAGUUAAAAAGAAAAAACCAGAGAAAGCUAAAAAUUCUAAAGCGAAGAAAAGAAAAGCUGAUGACGGCGAUAAUGAUGAUGAUAAUGACUCAUCAUCAUCAGAAGACGCUGAUGACUUCAAAGUGGAAUAUGAAGAGCCAACUGAAGGUGGAUUGGUGCCAGUCGACCUGGAUAUGUUCAGCUUGCACGGCUCCAUGCCUCAUGAGCAGAGAAUGGAGGUUUUCAAACAGUUCCGAUCUGCACGAAACGGAGUUCUUAUUUGUACGGAUGUUGCUGCCCGAGGAAUCGAUGUGCCUCGAGUGGAUCUCGUGUUACAGUUCUGUGCCCCAGCUUCAGCCACCGAUUAUGUCCACAGAGUGGGUCGCACAGGACGUGCAGCUCAGGUCGGUGCUGCCGUUCUGUUCCUGUUACCUAGCGAAGCGAAGUUCAUUAGGCAUUUGGAAGAAAAGAGAAUCAGGUUACGUCAAGGCGAUGAGUCCCGUGCACUAGAAGCUUUGCGCACGGUAGUACCGGGGGCUACCACAGCUCAGCGCGCCGCCAUCGCAGUGCAAGCCCGGCUGGAACACACCGCUCAUACCAACCGAGACUGGCUGCUCAGAGCCAGCAGAGCAUACACAUCGUGGGUGCGUUUCUACGCGGGCUAUCCUCGCGAUGUGCGCGAGUACUUGGAUUCGAAACAAUUGCACUUGGGUCACGCUGCCAAAGCUUUCGCGCUUCGAGACGCCCCUGCUACGCUAGCCCGAAGGGUCAAGUCCAACCCUAGCAAUAAGAAGGACAGGCCUUCCAAUAGGCUCACCGUACAUGCGGAUGAAGAGAAGAAACGACCAGGAUUCCCGAAAGCUAAGUUCGGUUCCGGCAACCGUAAUAUACCGAAACAGAGCUCUAUGCACACGGCCAGCGAAUUCGACAGCGGCCUGCCGCCCGUCGACCAAUCGCAACCCAAGCACAAGAAAAAGAAGAACAAAUGACAUUUAAAUAACAUAAGUCAUGCGAUUUAAUAUUAAAAAGGACCUUUGUAAAUAAAAACCAUUAACGACGCAGGUACUUAUGUAGUUUCAUUCCAACACCGUAAUUGAUCAAUGUUUUUGUUUUAUUUGUUCC